UCACACAGCGGUAGAUUUGUAAACAUUUGUUUCUGAACUAAAGUUGUAGCUGAAACAGCGACAAAAUGCAGCAUUUUGCAGACGAUCGUCGUCACCGCAGUGCUACUCAUCGAAUCACUCAGAAGAACAUGGGUAAAAGACCUGUCAAAGUCGUUCCAGUUGGUGCUUGGGUUGAGCUAGAACCUCAGAGUUGCUGUACGAGUUAUAAAGCGAUCCUGUCGGCAGAGAAGGAGGAGCAACGUAUCAGUCAGGCCCAGGCUGAGAAACAAGCCAGGUUAGAACGCUUCCGUCGUGAUGUCAAACAACGAGUCCGACAACUUCAGCAAAUCAAAAGACAAGAGAAUCUCCAGGAGUCCUUCCAUGCUGUUGAGAUACAAAGCAACGUUGUCCAGCAGAGUUCACACGCAGCGGAACGUUCCACACCGAAGAAGGACCGAUGCCUCUAUCGCCAUGACAACGAAGCCUUGACCAUCGGGCAAUCCUCGGACAACGCGACUUCGGGCAGCGAUUCGGAGCAAGAGAAUUCUCAGCAGUUGAGUGAAAGGUCGCACAGAGUUCAUAGGGUCGUGACCCAGGCCAAGCGGAGCCUUGCUGCAAAGAAGGGAUUUUAUCAGCAGACGAAACUCCCAGGUGGCUCAUGGGGAAGUGAAUUCUCAAGAGAUAAAAAGAAUGAACCAGUCCAUUCAGAAGGACUUACACCAAGUCUAGGACAGCCGACCGAUCUCCAAAGUCAAACGACAGAGAGCGAUUCAAGAAUCUCCCAACAGCCAACCGAUGAACUCUCCAGCUACGGGGACUGCGUUGAAAACAAUCGUCCACCAACCGAAAACAACCUCCCACCAACGUCACAUGAUCAAGACGCUCUCUACCGAUUGGCUGGAGUCCCCGCAAUAAAAUCAGUGACUUUUGCUGGUGACCUUGGAAAGGUCAAAUGUCGUGGAGAUCAGGGUCAUCAAACAGGGAGAGGUCACCAAUCUGAGGCCUUUGAUUUGUAUGCAGAUGAAAUGAGGUCGAGACAAAAGGUCACGGAGAAGAGCAAGCAGGAGAAGGGUGGGGCCAAGACAAUGCAACUGGGGGUUCCACGCAGUGUACCAGAUUUGAGACCUGGGGUACAUCUUGAAGAGAAUAAAAGGAGGACUGGCAACCAGUAUUCAAUGUAUCGUCGACUCUUCAUGGAUAUUGAAAGAGAACAGGUGCGAGAAAACAUCAGGAAGAAGGACCAUCAGAAAAAUAUACAGAGACUGAAAGAGGCGAAAGAAAAAGAAAGAAAGAAGAUUGAAGCCGAUGCCCAGAAGUGUGUAGAGCCAAUAAACCCAACCGGAGAAACGGAACUGCAGAUGGUCCAACGCCAGAGGGAGGAACAGCAACAGGUUGAACAGCUGCUACAGAGGGAAAGGCAAAGGAAAAAGAAGAGCACUGAAAUGGAAAGAUACAUCCGUGCAUUGAAGGCUAUGAUGAGAGAGAAGAUUCGUAAGUCUGGUGUUGAGUUGCCCCCAUUGUGCGCCUGUGGACCAAGCAUCUGGGAUUCUAACCCCGAUACCUGCGCUAAUAACUGCAUCUUCUAUAAGAAUCCAAAAGCAUAUGCAACGGCUCUACAUACACUGUUGACAUCAUGUGACCUCAGCUAGCCGUAAGCAACCCCUAAGCUAGCUGUAAAAACCCGUCACUGAGCUUGAGUCCGAUGCAUUUGACCGCUCGGCUUUGCCACGUUCACGAUAUGCCACCUGGUGUCACAAAGCUGUAGUCGUACAAAAGUUGACACUGCUUUCCU